UGGGGGAGGGGGCCCUCCCCAUCCCUCCCCAUCCCUCCCCAUCCCUCAGGUGUGGUGGGGCUCCAGAGUUCUGUCCCUGCUCCCACAGCUCCGGGAGGUGGCGCCGGGCUGGUGAGCCCCACUGACAGAUGGGGAAUUUGAGGCCCCGAAAGCUUAAGUCACGUGCCCAGACCACAUGGCUGGGGCAGCCCAUCCACGCCCCUGGCCCUGUGAUGCCCCCCAACCCCCAGCCUGCUUCCCUAGGUUGUGCCAGCCCGGAGCAGAGAACUGCUGACAGACCAUGCACUGGUCUACUGGUUGUGAAUGUUAUUCUGGGUGGACAUGAUAGAAGUCAGCCUGCUUGAUGCUCGAUGGAGGUCCCCAAAGGGCAGCCAGGGCCUGUGGGUUGCAGUCUGCCUGACGGGGUGUCCUCCUGACCCCCAGGGCCCUCCAUCAGACGAGCUGAAGUUUCAUGCCUCCCUGGGGCCAGCCUGCCCUCUGCUGUCCACCCCCCCCCCCGGUGUUUGUCCCUCUGCUGGUCCCCCAGGCCUUCUUAUGGCGGGGGGACCUGAGGCCAAGUGGCCAAGACCUGAGCAACACAUGCCGAAGAAGCCCGUGCCGGCUCCUCCUUAGCAGCCUGCAUGCUUGACCUUCGUGCUCUUAGUCACCCACACGGCGCUGGGAUGUGGGCCAGGCCCCCCGCCGCCAUGCACAAACACUACACCGUCCGCUUCACCAAGGGCGCCCUGCCCCUUCGGACCCCCACCGAGCGCUACUUCUUGGACCCAGAGUUGGCGCCGCAAAAAGGAUGCUGUCACCAGUGGUGCCAUGACCCAGCGGCCCUUCGAGCCCUCGGGCCCUGUCGGCUGCCCCCACAGGUGUGCUGGCAGCUGGCCUACCAAAGCCACCGGGGGGGUGUCAGCGGCUGCUGCCGGGGCCCCCAGCCCCCCAUCUUGCAGCAGCGGCGGCAGCCCCAGCCCCUGCCUCCCAGCCCCCUGCGGCAGCGGCUCUGCUCCGUUCCAGCGGCCCGCAAGGGGCCGCCUGCAACCGCUGCUGCCCCUAGGCAGCUGGCCAGCGCCCCCCAGCGGCCCCCCGAGCUCAGCAUGUCACCCACCGCCGCACCUGCCACAGCCAGCGCCCUCCUGGAGCCCAGCACGCCCCGGGCCGCCCGCCCCCUGUUUUCCCCAGCAGCCUGCGGUCCCUUCACCUACAGCUCCGAUAUCCUGACAGAAGAUGAUGUCUACUGUAGCUGCCUGGCCAAGACCCUCUGCCACGUGCCUGUCCCUGUGACCGUGGGUUUCUAUGCCCCCUUUGGCUGCCGCCUGCACAUGAUGCUGGACAAGAUCACUGCUCUGAUGCAGCAGGAGGCGGCGCAGCGCGAGGCCGAGGAGCUGCGGCGCGUGCGGUGUCAGCCGCGGCCCGUGCGCGGCUGGGGCUUCCCGCAGCUGCUGUGGUACCUGGUGUUCCUGCAGCCUGUCAUCACCGAGCUGCACCUGCACCGCAAGAACGUCCAGUUCCUCUUCAUCCGCUUCAGCGCCUGGCACUACGCGGGCACGGACAAGCUUUGGGCCGGCUUGGUGACCACGCUGUGCGAGGGCAUCCGCCACCACUACGGCGCGCUGCCCUUCAGCGUGUACUCGGUGCUGGGCAACAAGCCGGCCGCGACGCCGGGCUUGUGCGAGCGCGAGUGGCACUGCCGGCGCCGCGUGUGCCUGGCGCUGCUGGCGCUGCUGGCGGCGCUCGGCCUCGGCGUGGGCCUGCUCUACCUGUCGGUGGGCCCCCGCGCGCAGGGCCACGGCGCGGCCAGCGGCAGCCUGCUGCGCGGGCUCGGCGGCGCGGCCACCACGCUGUCGGGCUCGGGGCUGCUCAUGGCCGUGUACUCGGUGGGCAAGCACCUGUUCGUGAGCCAGCGCAAGAAGAUCGAGCGGCUGGUGUCACGCGAGAAGUUCGGCAGCCAGCUGGGCUUCAUGUGCGAGGUGAAGAAGGAGGUGGAGCUGCUCACCGACUUCCUGUGCUUCCUGGAAAUCUACCAGCGGCGGCGGCUGCGCGUCGUGCUCGAGGUCACCGGGCUGGACACGUGCUACCCGGAGCGCGUGGUGGGCGUGCUCAACGCCAUCAACACGCUGCUGUCCGACAGCCACGCACCCUUCAUCUUCAUCCUGGUGGUGGACCCCAGCAUCCUGGCCGCGUGCCUCGAGAGCGCCGGCUCCAUGAAGGGCACGGCCGACAACGGCUACCUCUUCCUCAACCGCACCGUCACGCUGCCCUUCUCCGUGCCCAUCAUGGGCCGCCGCACCAAGCUGCAGUUCCUGCACGACGCCGUGCAGAGCCGCGACGACCUGCUCUACCGCGAGAUGACGCGCAAGCCGCGGCCGGGCGGCUGCAGCGGGGGCGGCGGCGAGGGCGCGCAGCUGCUGGCCGUGGAGACGCAGGCGGGCGCCGAGGGCGCGCAGAGCCGCAUAGACGCCGAGGCGGCGCGCCGCAUCCAGGAGGCACUCUUCUGCCUGCACGACGAGCGCGACUGCCUCUACGAGUACGUGCCCGACAACGUGGUGUCCAUGCGGCGCAUCGUCAACACCGUGCCCAUCACCGUGCGCCUGCUGCAGCAGCAGGACGGGGACUUCGCGGGCCCCACGCCGCGCCAGGCCGUCGCUUGGGUCGUGCUGGCCAACCAGUGGCCGUGCCGCCUCAGCUGGGUGCUGCAGUGCCUGGAGGACCGGCAGCAGGCGGGGGGCGCGCCCGAGGCCCGCGCGCGCCUCUGGGACGUGUUCUGCGACAACAGCCGCGAGCUGCACUCCAUGACCAAGGCGUUGCAGAACGUGCUGGACUUGGACGGCGACCCUGAGCUUUUCGAGCGCUUCCUGGGCGCCGACUUCCCUUUCACCGUGGCCCAGGCGCAGACCCUGCUGCGCUGCACCGUCAACCUGGACCACUCCAUCCGCCGCCGCAUGGGCCUCAUCCGGGCGGUCAGCGCGCUCAAGCCGCCCAGCCCGCCCAAGUCCCCAGCCCACGACGCCCCCCACGCUGCCGACGGAGCCAACCAUGCAGCCGGGGCCUUCCCGCCCGGUCAGGGCGCCGGGCACGCCCCGGCGCAUGCGGGCAACGCCCACCAGCCCCGGGACGGGGCGCACGGGGGCAAGCCACGACUCGUGGCCUGAGAACCCUUACAGCCCAGGUGGGUCUUGAAAGAGUACUCCGGGAGCAGCGGGAGGGAACCGUUGCUCCGUCUGCCCGGACGAGGGAGUGAAGGGUGCGACUGGGCCCAAGGCCGCCCGUCCGGGUCUGCAGUGAGGACUGUGGUGCCCCCCCCGCCCCCCACCCAGGUGAAACUGUGAGCCAGAGAGCUGCUGGCAGUGGCAGGCUACUGAGCCAGUGACCAGGGAAGAACCCCGGGUUCAAGUGCAAUAAAUGGAGAUGUGAAAGCC